AUGUUUCGUUUUCGCAGACGUGUGCCGGCUGAAAGGGAACAACGAAUCAAGCCCAGCGGAGGAGAUGAGGCUACAGAUACUUCUGAUCGCUCAGAGUCCCGUUGCCAAUUCGACCCUAACUUGCCUGUGGACGAGAUCGAGCUUGUCGACGCAUCGUCGAAUAGCGGCGAUGUCGAAAAGUCCGUCAAGGUAGAUGUUAAUGCUAUAAAGGAUGAUAGCCCAUAUCCAGAGGUUCGCGCUGCCGUCCGAAACUACGAUGUCGAUUUGCCAGCCAACACGAUACGGGCGUGGGUCAUCGGGAUGGUCUUAUGUACGGCCGGUUCCGCCGUCAACAUGCUGUUCUCAUUGCGAAACCCUUCCAUCACUAUCACAACAUAUGUGAUCCAGCUAAUCGCGUAUCCCAUUGGCCUUGGCUGGGAUCUGGUAUUUCCCGACCGAGAGUUUGAGUUUAUGGGUAUCACAUUCAAUCUAAAGCCAGGAAAGUUUAACUUCAAAGAGCAUACUGUCAUCGUUGCGAUGUCCAAUGCAGCUUAUGGUGGGGGUGUCCUAUAUGCUACAGAUGUGUUGGUUGCCCAACAGGUUUUCUAUAAGCAGAACUUUGGAUGGGGGUUCCAGUUGCUGUUUGGAAUAACGACUCUCUGCACCGGUUAUGGGCUAGCUGGGAUAAUGCGUCGAUUUCUGGUAUGGCCGGCUGCUAUGAUUUGGCCAGGAGACUUAGUAAACGCGACUUUGUUUUAUAUCUUACAUGAUAAUAUCCCGACCGACCCUACGCAGGCGAACGGCUGGCGCACAAGUCGAUACCGGUGGUUUCUCUAUGUUAUGGGCGGCGGAUUUUUUUGGUAUUUCUUUCCGGGAUGGAUUUUUCAAGGCUUAGCGUACUUCAAUUUUGUCUGUUGGGCUUUACCUAAUAAUGUCAUCAUCAACAAGGUCUUUGGAGGGUUGCAUGGUUAUGGUAUCCUUCCUACAACGCUGGACUGGACUGUGGUAUCUGAUUACUCCUUGUCUCCUUUAAUUCCGCCGUUCCACGCUAUAGCCAACACAGUCGCUGGAGUUAUCGUGUUCUUUGUAAUCGUAUCCGCGGGUCUUCAUUUCUCUGGCACUUGGUACGCAGACUAUUUCGUCGUCCAGUCAUCGGACGCUUUUGACAAUACAGGGGCCAAAUACAACAUGUCCAGGAUCCUUAACGACCAAAAUCUACUAGACCCGGACGCUUAUCACGCAUACUCUCCCGUAUUUUUGAGUACACAAUUCGCUCUAUGCUACGGCCUCAGUUUUGCUGCCGUUGCUGCCGUUAUUGUUCACACUAUCUUGUACCACGGGCCUCAAAUCAAGAAUCAAUACAGGAAAGCCCGCACACAGGAAGAUGACAUCCAUAUGCGUCUCAUGAAGAAGUAUAAAGACUCACCGGAUUGGUGGUAUUUAGUCCUCUUCACCGUCAUGGUCGCAUUGUCCUUCGCCGUUUGUACUGCUUGGCCUACAGGAUUCCCGGCCUGGGCGUAUGUCAUUUGCAUACUCAUUCCUAUCGUUUGGACCAUCCCAAUUGGGAUUAUACAAGGUGUCACAAAUAUCCAGAUUGGUCUUAAUGUCCUGACCGAAUUCGUUAUUGGCUACAUACUUCCAGGCCACCCUCUUGCCAUGAUGAAUUACGGUUAUGUCGCGAUGCAACAGGCCCUCUACUUUAUCCAAGACCUUAAGUUGGGCCACUACAUGAAGGUACCGCCUAGAACAAUGUUUUCGGCUCAGCUCGUUGCCUCAGUUUGGUCUGCGAUCGUCCAAGUCGCAGUAUUGAACUGGGCUCUGGGCAAUAUCCCGGAGAUAUGCAGCAACCAACAGCCAGACAGUUUCACGUGUCCCGGUGGCAGAAACUUCUUCACGACUUCCGUUAUAUGGAGUGUCAUCGGACCUGCUCGGAUCUUCAGCGGUGAUGCUCUUUAUUCGUCACUGCAAUGGUUCUGGCUUGUGGGUGCUGUGUCGCCCGUCAUUACGUGGUUCGUUGCACGCCGAUAUCCGAAGUCCAUCGCGCGGUACAUCAACAUGCCCCUCGUGUUUGGGGGUUCAGGUUGGAUUCCUCCUGCGACGGCCUACUCGUACCUAUGCUGGGGCAGCGUCGGGUUCUUCUUCAACUACCUGACGAAGCGGCGGUUCAGGGGCUGGUGGCUCCAAUACAACUACACCACGUCCGCGGCGCUCGACUGUGGCCUCGCUCUCUCGACCAUUCUGAUCUUCUUUACGCUGUACCUCACCUCGGCCAAUGCACCGCAGUGGUACGGCAACUACGACAUCUACGAAACAUUAGACCAGCGGGGCCUGGCGAUCAAGAGCUUCGUUGCAACGGGCGAGACGUUCGGCCCUAAGAGUUGGCCGUAA